UGCUAGCUGUCUUGAAGGUGCUGACAGCACAGAGAGCCAGCAAUCCGCUUACUGAGCGUUACAAUUAAACGGCCUCUGCAUUUCAGUUGAUUCCUGUCAGAUCUGCUAAUUGCUCGACUUGCUAAGUAAGUGAAAAAGCAGCACGGCUUUCUCUGUGUUUCACAGACAACACAGACAUUUUAUUCUCCGUUUGCUUAUUUUGCUCCGGAAAGUAUUUAAUGCAAGGACGUAUUCUGUGAGCGGAGAGGGACUUCGACUUCAGUAGACAUGUGUAUGAGAAGAGACUACCAAUUACACGUCAUCGUUAGGGUGUUGGUUCUCGCUGCUGCGGUGACAAACACACAUGGACAAGCGUCUUCUCUAGAGAAUGUCAAUUCUGUGGGCCAGAGGAAAGUGGAGUCAGACAGCGGAGCCUUCACACACUCCCCCACACAGGACACAACGAGUGAGAUCCACCAUUUCACCACAGCAUCCGCCAUGAACGUCCCCAACCACCGGCCUGUCUUCAGAGGCUUCGCCCUCCAUGAACACCUGCUCACUAAAAACUUCCAGGGGGACCAGCGGUUCUUCACAGACCAUGGAGAUGUGGCAGGACAUCCCACAAUGCCUGGCUUUGUUUCUGCUUUUGAGGUGGGACAAGCUUCGACUCGCCUGGUGCCACACGAGGAUGCCCCUACCUUCUCUGACAUCGCCACUACUGCCACGGUGGCUGCCACAACCCCCCUCACCACCUCUGCUCCUACAGCCCCUGGGCUACUGGUGAGCAUGGCUCAGAAGGACAAGCCAGCCGAGGACAAGGCCAGGGAGGCAGAGAAGGUGACGGUGACCACAGACUCCCUGACCAACCCUGUAGUGGCAACCACUGCUCCUACAGUCAGUGGCCGCAGCCCCAAUGUCCCCCCCUCCCUGAAUGGAAGCCUCCAUAGUCAGGGGGCAGUUGUCAUGGAGACCACUAUGGCCCCUCCUGUCCUGACCACCUCAGUGAGGGUGGAGAAAGGGGAGUCAGAGGAACCAAGGGUAAAGAACAGGGCAGACCCUGGCAUCCAGCUCACCAAACUGACCGCAGCAUCCACAGGAGAGGUGGAUGAGGGAACGACCACCACAACCAUCAUCACAACCACCACCAUCACCACUAUGCAGACACCAGGUCCCUGCACUGUGAAUUUCACUGACCCAGAGGGCCACAUUGAGAUUCCACAGCAGCAUUCCUCAGCUUUGUCACCUGACCCUGGAGCGGACUGCACCUAUGUGGUGACCGUCUACCUGGGAUACGGGAUUGAAGUACAGGUGCUGAACAUGAGCCUGUCGGAUGGGGAGGUGGUGACGGUAGAAGACAUGGGGGGACGGGAGCCGUCCAUCCUGGCCAAUGAGACCAUCCUGAUGAGGGGUCUGGUGGUGCGCAGCUGGAGCAAUCAAAUCUCCAUCCUUUACCGCAGUGACCAGCAGCCCCGCUCCGGCUCCCUGCUGCUGCUGCGUUACCAAGCCUUCGUGCUGAGCUGUGCCUUCCCUAAGGAGCCAGCCAACGGGGAGGUAUCAGUGACUCACCUCCAUGCUGGGGGAGAGGCCUACUUCCAGUGUCUGACUGGCUACCAGCUGCAAGGCCCCACCAUGCUUGCCUGUCGCAAUGCCACCACACCUUACUGGAGUGGCAAGGAGCCAAAAUGCCUGGCUUCCUGUGGAGGGAUGAUAAAAAAUGCCACGUUGGGCCGUAUCGUCUCUCCUGGUUUCCCUGGCAACUACAGCAACAACUUGACUUGCCAUUGGGUCCUGGAGGCUCCUGAAGGCCACCGUCUUCAUGUUCACUUUGAGAAAGUGGCUUUGGCUGAGGAUGAUGACAGACUCCUUAUAAAGAAUGGGAACAACAUUGACUCCCCUCUGGUGUAUGACUCCUAUGAGGUGGAGUACCUGCCCAAUGAGGGUGUGGUGAGCACAGGACGUCACCUCUUUGUAGAGUUCACCACGGACGGGACUGUCACUUCCACGGGAGCAGCCAUCAGAUAUGAAGCUUUUGCAAAGGGCACAUGCUAUGGGCCCUUUGUGAAGUAUGGCAACUUCACCAGCAGUAACACGGCUUGCGGUGUGGGUGCGGUGGUGGAGUUUGCCUGUGACCCGGGCUACACUCUGGAGCAGGGCUCAAUCAUCAUCGAGUGUGUGGAUGCAGAGAACCCCCAGUGGAACGAGACAGAGCCAGCCUGCAGGGCUGUGUGUAGUGGUGAGAUCACAGACUCAGCUGGGGUGGUUCUCUCUCCAAACUGGCCCGAGGCCUACGACAAGGGCCAGGACUGCAUCUGGGGCAUCCACGUGGAAGAGGACAAAAGGAUCAUGCUGGACAUCCAAGUGCUCAAUGUGGGUAAGAAUGAUCUGUUGACCUUUUACGACGGUGAUGACCUAACAGCUAACAUCCUGGGUCAGUACAGUGGCACCAGGCCUCGCUUCAAGCUCUACACCUCCAUGGCUGAUGUCACCAUCCAGUUCCAGUCGGACCCUGCUACCAACAUCUACGGCUACGGCAACGGCUUCGUGGUCCACUUCUUUGAGGUCCCCAGGAACGACACAUGCUCUGAGCUGCCAGAGAUCACCAAUGGCUGGAAGAGCACCUCCCACCCAGACCUGAUCCACGGGACAGUGGUCACCUACCAGUGUUACCCAGGUUACGAGGUGCAGGGCUCUGAGAUCCUCAUGUGCCAGUGGGACCUGACGUGGAGCGGAGACAUGCCAAGCUGUGAGAAAGUGAUGACGUGUCCUGACCCGGGGAACGUGGAGCACAGUCGGAGGAUGGUGACGGGAUCACGCUUCAUGGUGGGAUCGACGGUGCAGUAUGUGUGUAAUAAGGGAUACUCCCUGUCUGGAAGCACACUGCUCACCUGCUACAACAGAGACUCAGCCAACCCCAAGUGGAGCGAGAGGCUGCCCAAGUGUAACCCUGAGAAGUACGAGCCCUGCAGGAACCCUGGUGCCCCCUCCACCAGCGUGCAGAGCUCAGAGAAAGCCUUCUACCAGGCAGGGGAGACCCUGAGCUUCUCCUGCCGUACCAGCUAUGAGCUGCAGGGGGAGCCCACCAUCCGCUGUGUCCCUGGACACCCAUCACAGUGGAGCAGCACACCACCCACCUGUAGAACAUCCUCUUUGCAGUAUUUGAAUGAGCGCAAGUUGGAUGUUGCUAGUCCUGACUACGAUAUGGAGGGAACCAACAUUGCCAUCGCCGUUCUGAUUCCUGCUGCGGUUGUGUUGGUAGUCAUCCUAGGGAUUUACCUCUACUUUGCAAAACUUCAGGGGAAGACCAUCAGAAUGCCAACAUCAUCCUUGCCACCGUAUGACAACAUGACAGAGGAGUCAGCCUUCAACAACCCAAUCUAUGAUACAGGAGUAAGUACGGAUGUCAUGCACAUGAAUCUCCGAGAUGUGGACUCCCAGAAUACCAUUGUCCUGUCCUGAUCCAUCUCAUCGCCAUCUGCCUGCCUGUCAUCUCAUGUCUUACCAGCAGAGGGCACCAUCUCCCACCCUAGCCACCAGAGCUGAGCCUCUCAAUUUGUGGUCUUGUGUUGAAUGCAGACAAGCACAAGUACCAACCAUCUGGCUCUCGAGGUCUACUACUUAGCUUUGAAGUUUGGAAGCUCUACAGUCUACUUAGUUUUAAAGCUCUAAAAUAUGUGUUUUUGCAUGAGUAUCACAUCCAUUUUCAGUGGAUCAAUAGGACUGCAAAAGCACUCCAUCAGUGGACUGGAUAGGGGGCAGAUGUAGUACACAGAUGCGUUUACAUUUGUGAUGACCUUACAUUUGCAAUUUUGAGCUUGACAAAGUGCUUCUGUUCUGACUAUGUUCCAGGAGAGAUGAUGAAUGUAAUAUUGUAUGAAGGGGGUGAAAAAUAUUUAUGUUAAAAUCCUUAAUAUCAGUGUCAGCUUCAAAGACACUUUAAAGCUCAUCCAUCAUUGUGUCAUUAUCAUGUCAUUCACAUGUGAUUAAGUUGUGCAGUCAUUGAGUCUGAACAAAAAUAUAAACGCAACAUGCAACAAUUUCAAAGGUUUUACUGAGUUACAGUUCAUAUAAGA